AUGCGCACGGCGCUAGAUGUGGCGUCGAACGCGACAGGCUUGAAUGGCCUUGUAAAGAGCAGUGAGACGAACUUGGCGGACAAUGGCCGACUUCGAGCUGAGGGCAGAAGUCCCUGCCGUGAGAGCCCAAAGCCUUCCACACGCUUUUCCCUCUCCGGCCUUAUUGGAGGAAAGGAACACUUCGGGUUUUUGGGCUCUUUCGCGCGACGCUACUACCCAGGAUUUGGCGCCCUUGCUGCUGGCGCAUUUCCGUCCUCUGCGCUUUUUUUCGUCACCUAUGAAGGCUCGAAGCAAUUCCUAGCCGAGCAGGAAGCCGGUCGGCAGCUCAGUCCCGCUGUGACUUACGGAGUCUGCAGCACACUCGCGGAGUUCGCAUCCUGUUGUGUGAGAACCCCUUUUGAGAUGCUCAAGCAGCAGAUGCAGCUGGGGAUGCAUGCGACGACAACAAAAGCAAUUCAAGCGAUUUGGCAACGCGACGGCUGGCGAGGCUUCUUUGUCGGAUUCAACGCCACCAUUGUUCGAGAUCUGCCCUUUGUCGGCGUGGAAAUGGGACUGUGGGAACAUCUGAAAAAGUAUUUCUGCUCGUUUCCUGGGGUUUCCGAGAGCGCUGCCUUGACGUCGUUCUCGUCAGGCUUGGCGGGCUUCCUGGCUGGAGCUGGAGCCGCUGUUGCUACGACGCCUCUGGAUGUCGUGAAGACGCGCCUCAUGACUCAGCAGGAGGGCCGGUACCAGUAUCGAGGGUAUUUCGACUGCUUUUCGACAAUCUUGCAGCGAGAAGGCUACGCGGCGCUGUUCCGCGGCUUGAAAAUCCGCGUGAUCUGGGUUGCCCUGGGUGGGGCUCUUUUUCUCGGCGGCUAUGACGGUUUCAAGGCUCUGUACUUGCGGGUGUUGCCCGGCCGGUGGAACGUGCGAGCUCCCGACGCAAACAAUUUGCUGAAGAACGGGGUUUUUUUGGACGGUGCUUCCGGUGAAAUCGGUGGCGAAAAGCUUGAUGGAACAGGAGAACAGGCUCUCACAUCUACCGUAGCAGCUGAAACCCAGGACUAG